UUCACUUAUGGACGGAUUCCUCCUGAAAACAUUGCCCAGACCAAAACCAGAAAAAUGAUCGUAAGUCUUUUGGGCACGGGUUGGCCUACCUCGAAUCGGAAUUCCGCGCCCAGGAAGGGCGACAAAAUUCUACGAAGCAUCCCAUUUUUUUCGUACUGUAUUUAUCACCAUCUGCAACGGAUAUCACCGAAAACAAGAUUCGCAGUUGGUCCACUUCGGACGCGGAGUUGACCACGUAUCUGACAUAAAUUUUCUUCUAUUUUUACAUCAUCUCGAGAGAUCUGCCGCUGCUGCUGGCGGACGAAGUCAACCGGAUAUUGCUGGAUCUGCAGAUGCUAGGCGAAGAAGGACUUCCGGAACAUGUGUUUACCCGGUCGACGAAGUGUUCUCCAAGGUCAACAAGCUGUGCAGUUGCACGAAAUUCGUCGGCAACGACUGCUCAGCGCCUGAACAGGACAAAAACAAACACCGGUUGAUAAUCCAACGGCGCAACAUCUAUUUCUGCAGCAGUUGCUUAAUCGCAAGGAGCUCUCCGACUCGACGUCCGCCCCGAUUUAUACAACCCAGUCUUCGACGGCACCCCUGCUUCUUACAAACCAGACAACCGGAGCAGAACUCCAGGAUCAAGUGGAUCGAUUAUGAAUUGCUGGUAUGAUCCGUGACGUGGCGGAAGCAUACGAGCCAACGUGAGCCGCAACUCGGACUUUUCAGACAUUAGUUCAAUGAUUCGGUACUCGACGAACUCGUUGGCCUCGCUGGUAAACGCGACCCGUAACAGGAGUACUACCGACUCGUACGGACAUCUGUGGGCUAGUGCGCUGGGACCGGCGCUUGGAGUUCACGUUACCAUGCCUUCUUGCCGGGUCUACCCGCACAUCAACCGCCUACAGCCAGCAUGUUCUCUUAGCACCAUCCGCAACAUCCGGAUAAUUUUUGACCAAGUAGCAGCAAAUCAUCGAUAUCUCUAGCCAGAAGUAGGAACAGCCAACCUCCUCGUCCAACCAGUGACACGACAAGAAGCGGACAGCGCAAGCAAUGCUCAGCAGACAAGUCCUGCGAUCGCUACCUUCGAAAAGCCGUACACCGCGUCCGACCGGCCAAAACACCAGACCCGCACCUACAGCAAUGAGAAGCACUAUCAAGCGCUACACCGAUCCGACUUCGCUGGGCAAGCACGUCAAGGCGGUGCACGGGCCGAACUUUUACGCGAACAAGAAGCAAAAGGGCUACGGGUACCAGCACGACGAAGAAGGCUCAAACCCCAUGUUAGACGGAAGCCGUCGGUCGGAGGACAUGCAUGGCAUGGCAAACAAUGGCAAGACAACGAGCAUGAGCAGUCCAAGCAUCAAGGCGGAGUCGGACGCACACUCGACGGGCGCUUACUGCUAGGCUGGUGGACGAUUACGACGGCGCAGCAUGCAGCUGGGCAGUCUCGGAGCUAUUGAUGAUCCGGCUUGGCCGUACGUGGACGAGAAUUUGCAGGUGAGUUUGAAAGUUGAUCUAGUGACGUAUUUAGCUUGUCUAACUUAUGGUCUCUUCAAUUUCAGGUCGCCGAUCUGCCACACGUCCUGCGGAAUAUGGUUGACCUCGGCGGUCCGGCCGCAGGAGGUUCUCGGAAUCGCUUCAAGAAUCGCAUCAACAAUAAUGGUUCUCUGAUGCGUCCAACAUCCCGGAGAUCAACAACCAACGCCACUUUGGGCUCGUCGGGUUUGACCGGCAAAUAACCGAUCUCAAAAUGGAACCGGGCACGACUCCGCCUUUGCCCAUCGCCAAGAACAACUGCCAGACGACAGAUUUGAUAGGUUUGCGAACUCCGCCGCCGACGUGUGUACAGAGCUCGAUCUCGACUAUGCGCCCAAGCAGCAACUACAAUUCGUCGUCCUACGAUUCGAUGUCACCGAGAAGCUCACGGCGGUCCAGUGUACGGGAAUGAAUGGAGGUCAGAGUUUGCUGCUACAAUCCUCGCAUCUGAUCUCAACGAAUUUGCAGCGUUUUAACCAGAGCAACAGCAGCAGAUGCAUGGCCAGGUAGACUGAAGGUUUUCGGAGCCGGUCAGACGGGAAUCUCAAGACCAGUACCGUUACGUCGAGUUGCCCAGAAAGUACCCUCAACACCAGCCAGCAAGUAAUACCCCAACCAGGAAGUCGUGUUGGACGAGGACGAAGAGGGUGAAAUGACCGAGAACAACAAAGGCCACGUGACAAAACCGCUUCCUCGCCCCAGUCCUCGAAGGACGCAAUCGGUACAUAGGUGAACAUUACCUCGGCGGCUAGAACAACUUCCAGCAGCACCGCUAAGUCCUUCUCCUGCUCCUUCAGAUCACGGUAACAGAACAGGCCGGAUCUGCAGAUGAAAUAUGUAUAAAUAUAUUGUAUUUUCUAAAACAUACUUUUAUAAAUAAAGACUUCGUUGUUGAUUUAUUUUCACUUAAAUUUAAUUCAAACCGGAUUCCAAAAGAAAAACCAAGAGCGCCUGAGAAUAGGCAACCUCCACAGCACCUG